UCUCUUUGUUGAUUGUAGGUCGUUGAACUGCCAAUGCUUCAUCCAGAGAAGUUUGUGAAGCUUGGAAUAGAUCCUCCAAAGGGAGUUCUCUGCUAUGGUCCUCCUGGUACCGGUAAAACCCUUUUGGCUAGAGCUGUUGCCAACAGAACCGAUGCUUGCUUUAUCAGGGUUAUUGGCAGUGAGCUUGUUCAGAAGUAUGUCGGUGAAGGAGCUAGGAUGGUUCGUGAACUGUUUCAGAUGGCACGGUCCAAAAAAGCUUGCAUUGUGUUCUUUGAUGAAGUUGAUGCCAUUGGUGGUGCAAGAUUUGAUGACGGUGUAGGAGGUGAUAACGAAGUCCAGCGUACUAUGCUUGAGAUUGUGAAUCAGCUUGAUGGGUUUGAUGCACGUGGUAAUAUCAAGGUUCUUAUGGCAACGAACAGGCCUGACACGCUGGACCCUGCUCUUUUACGUCCUGGACGUCUUGACCGUAAGGUUGAGUUUGGCUUGCCUGAUCUGGAGAGCAGAACACAGAUCUUCAAGAUUCACACAAGAACCAUGAACUGCGAGAGAGACAUCCGUUUUGAACUCCUUGCUCGCCUCUGCCCAAACUCAACCGGAGCUGAUAUCAGAAGUGUGUGCACUGAAGCUGGAAUGUAUGCAAUCAGAGCUAGGAGAAAGACUGUGACUGAGAAAGACUUUCUGGAUGCAGUGAACAAAGUCAUCAAAGGUUAUCAGAAGUUCAGUGCAACCCCCAAAUACAUGGUCUACAACUAGUACUAGAGACAUAAAGGUCGUUUCACUUUUUCUACAAGUCUCCGUAGACCCUGAAAAGCUCUAGCCGUUGUUUCUAUUCCUCUGGAGCACUUGUUUUUGUUUAUUCCCGUGACUAAUGUUUUCCUUUUCAAUUUCUGACACUUCUAGUCUGUGUGAUCUUGAACUUUAUAACAAGUUGUGGACAUGACACUUAGAGCAAAGUAUUCUUACGUAAGUUUGUUUACAUGUAACCAUUGGUCUACAA